UAUUAUUUUUAUUUUUAUUUGUAUUUUGGUAUUGAAACUCGUGAGCUCUCAGCUGAGCAAAGUUUUUUUUUUCCGAGUUCUUGAAGCUUAUUGGACGUUGCUGAUGUAAAACGGGCGCUGAUAGGCUGGUCUAGUGUUGGGAAUCAAUUCUACCAACUGAACUGAGCAGUAGAAAAAUUGUAAUGAAUCCUAAAUUUUUUAGAAAAUUUGAAAAAAAACGUUGAAGCUGAACCUUACGAAUUAUUUGCUGUGGAAGUUCUCGUAUGACAACGAGGGGCUCGGAAUUCCAGGGAUCAAAAUUUUAUACAGAAUUAAAUGCGAGGCAGUAGACUGACAACUCCCAGUUUUUUGUAAGAAAUGGGGAAGAUCCAAAGUUGAGGAGUGUAAAAGUUUGAGAUUACACUUUACACUAGUAAUUUUUGGAACUAGACGAGCUAGAUCUAGAGAUUUGUAAAGCAGCUGAUAGAAUAAAAAUACUUGUAAAAUUUUUCGAUAUAUAAACGUGGACAAAGUUACGAUCUUCUGCGCAAGUGCAACAAGGACAGUCUUUCGUCCACGGGGAUGUGAUAGAGAAAAAAGAGCCAAUCUUCUUGCAGGGGUAAAAUCAACCGAUUUUCAAUCCAAUUUAAUUCACGAACAAACACUGGAAAUCUAAAAUAGAGUCUUUAGCUUUUUUUGAAAUUUCAACAGAGGGCUAAAAUUUCGUAAUUUCAAAAAUUCUAAACCGUCUCUACGAGUGCAACGAAGAUAGUCCCGUUUAUUUUUCUGAGUGUGAGAGAGACUUCCGGUGGCGUUUCCUCUUAAGUGAAAUGGAAAAAAAAAUUGAUGUAAAUUCUAUAUUACGUAAAGCGAUACUCGCUGAAGAUAUAGAAAAGGUCGACGAAAUUGUAAGUCAAUAUGGUUUAUCUUAUCAUGAUGAAUGGGACGAUGGAUACGAACUUGUUCGGAUAUCUCUCCUGAAACACAAAUUCCAGGUCGCAAGUUUUCUGAUAAGAGCUGGAGCUAAAAUAUUUAACAGCGAGAAAGUGUAUCCUCAUGAAACGCCUUUCAGACUUGCUGUGGGUACGCCAGGAACAGUAGACAUUAUCAAGAUGAUGCUGGAACGGGAUCGUAAUAUUCUUAAGCCAGGCAGCGUGUAUGAAAUGAAUGCUAACAUUGAAAGUAUAAUAGAUACAGAUGAUCCGGAUGUUGUAAAACUCGCUGUGGAUCACGGGUUUGAAGUAAAUCCUUCAAGAGUGAUCAAGAAUGUACCAUUGAUGAGAUCUAUUGAGAAGAAAAAAUUAAAAGCAAUGAAAGUAUUGUUGGAUAGUGGCGCUGAUAUUAAUUACACUCGUGAACGUGACGGCUUGCAACCGAUUCACAUGGCUGUUGACACCGAAAAAGAGAUAAUUGCUGAACUAUUAAAAUAUGGCGCAGAUAUAAAUGCCAAAAUUAAAAAUGGCUGCACGCCACUACUGCUCUCCAUAUUCCAUAUCAAAUCCCCCGAAAUAAUAGAAUUCCUCUUAGAGAAUAAUGCUGAUGUCAAUAUUGCUGCUGAUGGAGAUUAUACGCCAUUGGGGACUGCUUUUUUACAAAGUAAGAAACAGAUUUCAGAAACGGUCAAAGUUCUCAUCAAACAUAUUAUUAAAAUCAAAAGUCAAAAUUUGUAUGUGUCCGAUGCUAAUUUUUCGUUACUAAAAAAUAAUGAUAUGAAAAACUACGCGAAGAAAUGUGAAGAUGAAAUAGAACAACUCAAGAUACAGAAAAUAAUUAAUACAAAUAUUCCAUUCUAUGACAUCCUGGCUGGAGAUGCUAAGGUUUUAAUUAGAUAUGCGAGAAAUAAAAAUCUUUGUCAAGCUGUAGAAUCUGAUGAACUCAAGAGAUUUCCAAUUUAUGGCUCAAUAAUGGACCGCCGGUUUCAGAAAGCACUGACGAGUAAUCUUCUUCUAGAAAAGAGUGUUAACUUGUUUCAAAAAUAUUCUGUUACUGGAGUUCUUUCAAAAUUACCUAUUAAUAUUAUUUACGACAUAUUUGAGUACUUGAAUGACCAUGAUUUGGAGAAUUUUAUUAAAAUAGUUGAGUAAAUUAUUUCAUGUAAUCAUCGAAAAAGCAUCCGCUAUUUUGUACAAUAAUUGUAUCAAUUUUUUAUUACACCACUUAAUUAAAAUUGUAUGCUGUAAUUACUUCAUACCCGGGUAAAAAAAAUUAUAUAUAGAGUAAGAACACCAAUACCCAGCCCCUAACCAGUAGCCAGCCGGUCAUAUACUUUAACAUUGGCUCAAAAUAUAUAUAGAUAUAAUCUAACAUGAGGUGGCUGGCUACUGGUUUGGGGCCGGGUACUGGUGCUCUUACCCUUCUUAUGUCAUCCCUGGUGGAAAUUUUUCGGACUUUUCUCUGAAUAACUCUGAAAAAGUCAGAACUUUAGAACUGAGUUUUUCAGAGACAAUUCCGAAAAAUUUUUAACAGGGGUCUCGAUAAAUGGGCCAUUUGACUCUUAUUUACAAGGGAAAUAAAUAUAAAAUAUCUGUUAUUAUGUAAAAAAUAACCAUCAAUAUUAUCAGCUAGGCCGAAUUAGCUCUUAUCUCCGGAGUACAAGGAACUAGCGGCUAGUUUAUUUUGUUAUUAUUAUUUUUUUUUCUUCGUAUUUUGGUAUUGAAACUCGUGAGCUCUCAACUGAGCAAAAUUUUUCUUUUUCCGAGUUCUUGAAGCUUAUUGGACGGUGCUGAUGUAAAACUGGCGCUGAAAGGCUGGUCUAGUGUUGGGAAUCGGUUCUACCAACUGAACUGAGCAGUAGAAAAAUUGUAAUGAAUCCUAAAUUUUUUGGAAAAUUUGAAAAAAAAUGUUGGAGCUGAAUUUUAUGACGUAUUUGUAUUGGAAUUUCUCUAAGGAUGACAUCGAGGGGGUCGAAACUCCAGGAAUCAAAAUCACAGAAUUAAAUGCGAGGUAAUAGACUGAUGACUCCCAGAUUUUUGUAAGAAACGGGGGGGGGGGGGUCCAAAGUUAGGGAGUAAAAGUUGGAGAUCACACUUUACACUAGUGAUUUUUGGAGCUAGACGAGCUAUAGAUGUAGAGAUUUGUAAAGUUGACAGAAUAAAAUUGCCUGUUAAAUUUUUCGGUGUGAGUAUAAAUUGAUUAAGAAGGGAUAGUUUUUAGCUUUUCCCUCAAACAAAAACUCUAAACGCAAAAUUAAGAGCGAGUCUAUCAAUCUAGGUCUUUAUUUUUGAAAACUGUUCCUUUGUUCAAGAUAUAAACGUGGACAAAGUUACCAUCUUCUGCACAAGUGCGACAAGGACAGUCGUUCGUCCACGUGGAUGUGAUAGAGAAAAAAUAGCCGAUCUCCUUCAAGAGGUAAAGUCAAUCGAUUUUUAAUUCAAUUUAAUUCACGGACAAACACUGGAAACCUAAAAUAAGGUCUUUAGCGUUUUUUGAAACCUUAUUAACAAAGGGCUAAAAGUUUUGUAAUUUCAAAAAUUCUAAAUCGUCUCUACGAGUGCAUCGAAGAUAGUCCCGUUCAUUUUUCUGAGUGUGAGAGAGACUUCCGGUGGCGUUUACCCUUAAGUAAAAAUGGAAAAAAAAAUUGAUGUAGAUUCUGCAUUACGUAAAGCGAUGGUUGAUGAAGAUAUUCAAAAGGUUGACGAAAUUGUAAGUCAAUAUGGUUUAUCUUAUCUUGAUGAAUGGGACGAUGGAUACGAACUCGUUCGGAUAUCUCUCCUUGCACAAAAGUUCCAGGUAGCAAGUUUUCUGAUAAGAGCUGGAGCUAAAGUAUUUAACAGCAAAUAUUUAACAGCGUAUCCUUUCAGACUUGCUUUGGGUGCGCCAGGAAGAGUAGGUAUUAUUAAGAUGAUGCUGGAACGGGAUCGUAAUAUUCUUAAGCUAGACAGCGACUAUGAAAUAAAUGCUAAUAUUGAAAGUAUAAUAGAUACAGAUGAUCCGGAUGUUGUAAAACUCGCUGUGGAUCACGGGUUUGAAGUAAAUCCUCCAAAAGUGAUCAAGAAUGUACCAUUGAUGAGAUCUAUUGAGAAAAAAAAAUUCAAAGCAAUGAAAGUAUUGUUGGAUAGUGGCGCUGAUAUUAAUUAUACUCGUGAAUCUAACGGCAUGCAACCGAUUCACUUGGCUAUUAACACCGAAAAAGAGAUAAUUGCUGAACUAUUAAAAUAUGGCGCAGAUAUUAAUGCCAAAAUUAAAAAUGGCUGCACGCCACUAAUGUUCUCUAUAUGCUAUAACAACCCCGAAAUAAUGGAAUUCCUCUUAGAGAAUAAUGCUAAUGUCAAUAUUGCUGAUAAUACGGAUUUAACGCCAUUGAAGACUGCUUUUUCAUACAGUAAGAAACAGAUUUCAGAAAGGGUCGAAGUUCUCAUCAAACAUAUAAUUAAAAUCAAAAGUCAAAAUUUGUAUGUGUCCGAUGCUAAUUUGUCGUUACUAGAAAAUAAUGAUAUCAUGAAAAAUUACGCGAAGAAAUGUGAAGAUGAAAUAGAACAACUCAAGAUACAGAAAAUAAUUAAUACAAAUAUUUCAUUCUAUGACAUCCUGGCUGGAGAUGCUAAGGUUUUAAUUAGAUAUGCGGGAAAUAAAAAUCUUUGUCAAGCUGUAGAAUCUGAUGAACUCAAGAGAUUUCCAAUUUAUGGCUCAAUAAUGGACCGCCGGUUUCAGAAAGCACUGACGAGUAAUCAUCUUCUAGAAAAGAGUGUUAACUUGUUUCAAAAAUAUUCUGUUACUGGAGUUCUUUCAAAAUUACCCAUUAAUAUUAUUUACGACAUAUUUGAGUACUUGAAUGACCAUGAUUUGGAGAAUUUUAUUAAAAUAGUUGAGUAAAUGAUUUCAUGUAAUCAUCGAAAAAGCAUCCGCUAUUUUGUACAAUAAUUGUAUCAAUUUUUCAUUACACCACUUAAUUUAAAUUGUAUGCUGUAAUUACUUCAUAUUGAUUCA